AUGACAACCUCGACGCUUGGCUUCCUCACGCUCUAUAUUCCGCGCCCGAGCGCCAAACCGCAGCGCUACCUCGGCGCGGGCCUCCCGAUGCGCCGCGUGCUUCUCGUCCUCUGUCGCUCUGCCUACAAGCUCUUGGCGGCUGCCAAGGACAUGUACGACACCAAGCUCUGUCCGCUGCUCGACAGUGCUCAGACGAUCCAGACGCUGCACACUGCAGUCGCCGCCAAAGAAUCAACCAUGACCGACCUCACCACAACAGUUGCAGCGCUCCUCGAAGCCGCGCGGAUCAGCGCCGACCUCAAGGUCGAGCCGUAUCAGACCAAAAUUCAACUGCACCGCGCGAGCAAGGUCGCCCAGCGCGACUUGAAAGCGAUUCGCACCGCGCACAGCAAGCUCCAGAAAGAACACAAGGCGCUCGACCGAACGGCGACCUCGACCGCCGCGACGUUCAAGAUUCGACUGGUCCACGCUGAAAAAGAGACGAUGGCCGCCAAGGGUCUCGCUGCAGCGGCCCUUGCAACGCUAGUUGGCCGUCGACACGAGCAUGAAAUGGCGAUGGCAGCGGCCGAUUCGGCUGCCAAAUACGUCCCGAUCCAGCUAUUUCAGUCCAAGCGAGUCCUUGCAGCAUGCGCCCAAGAGGCCACCACUGCCCAAAACGCGCUGCGUGACGUGAUUGCCGAGCGUGACGCACUGGCCGCCUCCAACGAACAGCUCGCCCUCCAACUGCGGGCGGCGACGACGCGCGUGGCAGCACUUGACGCCGCGUCGACGGCCGCUUCCGAGCGUGACAAAGUGCAAAUGGCGACCGCGGUGGCGUUGCCGGCCAUCGGCACGGACCAAGUCGACGACUUGGUCACCAGCUUCUUCGACAUGGUCGUGAUAAGCACCUUUGUUGCUUCAAGCCUGCGCACCGACCCCGUGCAGCGAAUCCUGCUCUGCCUCUACGUUCUCUGCGUGGUCGUCGUCGGUAUCCCGCUCGUGCUCCUCCCAGUCCUCGUAUGUCUCAAAGCCGACGGCGUCUUCACGGCAUCUUGGGCCGCAACGCUGACGCCGCUUUGGAUCACGGACUUCGUGCUUCUCAUUCUCGUGGAUGUGAUCACGGACCCUUCGCCGCCCGAGUCACCAACCACACCACUGCACGCUACGACCAGUGACGACGCCACGGUCGUUCUUGACGCUACCACCGAGGUAAGCAGCAGCCGCGAAGCCGAUGAGGAGGCUGCUGCCCCGACCGACGAUGCUGCCAGUUCCAAAAACGCCACGGCGCCGGACGUGAGCACCGAGGUGGUCGCAAGCGCGAGCGGCGAUGUUGCCGUCGGCGCCAGCAACGACAACAGUGACGCGGCCGCCAAGCCUUUCCUGUCAAAGUACUGCAGUUAG